GUAACUUACCGUAGCAGAGUAAGUACACGACUCAAAGGCACAUGUCAGUAUGUUUGUCUCACAUCUAAUUACCUUAAUUCAGAUAAUGAGUAUCAAGUUGUGCUGGUAAUGCAAGAAAUGAUGUAAUUUACCGUACUUCAUCCAAUCAUGACGCUGCUUGCGUAUUGUUUUCAAAAAGUUUUCGAUACUGGGUGUUUUACAGAUACAGAUAGUUGCAAACAGAUAUAGAUCGGUUGAAUCUUCCAUAAUUUAUUCAAGUAUAAUACAAACACACUCAAACAUAUUGGCCAUGCGAUAAGAACAUUUGCGCUAGAGAAUGUGUUUCACAAACAGCAUGAGAAAAUCUAACCGAACGAGCGUGGUAUAGAACCGGCAGAGAAGCAAAAAAAGAGUACAUUUUACUACUCCCAACCACUGUUCCACUACUCUCCAGCAACUGUCACCCGUACGUGUCUGUUUAAGUGUGCGUAGUGUGUUACCACCUGUGUGAGCGUGUCGAUUAAAAACCUCGCGAAUCAUUCGGGCCUCCCGAGCACCCUCUACGAUCGCGCGCGCGCGUUCUUUGUGUUGCUCGAGGGGGUUGAUUCUCGCAGUCGAUGGGGUGGUGUGGGUCUUUUCUUUUUUUUUUUGGUUGCCAUCCCGGCCAACCCCCACCACAAUCGCAACAUCUCACACAUACAUACGCGCGCGCAUUGGAACGCGGUGAGAUGACACCACGCUCCGGUCCGGUGUAGCGCGCGGUUCCCGAUGGAGACGCACUGCGGCGUCGUGUCAGUGUCGAUCGUGUGUCGCACCGUACGACUGUGAUUCGGCAGCGGAAUUUGCGCUACACGGAAACGGAACCCGAACAUGUGGCCAAUCAUUGUGAGCGGUACGGCGCUGCUGCUGUCGAUCGCAAUCUGGUGGACGGUGGCAAACUUUGGCAGUGCGCUGCGGUACGCCGGCAAACUGGGCGGCCCGGUAGCGUACCCGCUGGUGGGCAAUGGGUUUCUGUUUAUCAACAAAACACCAGCCGAAUUCCUGCAACUGCUCGGCCGUCUGAUCGCACAGUACGGCAAAUGUUUGCGUGUUUGGCUCGGUACGCAGCUGAUCGUGCUCAUUACCGAUCCGAAGGACAUCGAGAUCCUUCUGAGCAGCCCAAAGUACAUCGAAAAGUCGAGCGAGUACGACUUUGUGCGGCCGUGGCUGGGCGAAGGUUUGCUGAUCAGCAGCGGGCGCAAAUGGCAGACGCACCGGAAGAUCAUUACCCCAACGUUUCACUUCAAAAUACUGGAAGAGUUUAUGGACAUCUUCGACCAGCAGGGCAACACGUUCGUCGACAUACUGCAUCUGUUUGCCAAGUCCGGCGAAACGUUCGAUGUGUUCCCGCUGGUGACGCUGUGCGCGCUGGACGUGAUAUGUGAAUCGGCCAUGGGCACUAAGGUGAAUGCGCAGAUGAACUCGGAAUCGGAGUACGUGAAGGCAGUUAAAGAGAUUACCAAUCUGAUACAACUGCGUAUCUACGACUUUGUGAUACGGUACGAGUUCUUCUUCCGCCUGUCGGCCAACCGGCGAAGACAACGGAAAGCUCUGGCCAUCCUGCACGGGUACACUGACAGUGUGAUCCGCACAAGACGCCAGGAGCUGAACGAACGUGGUGCCGGUCAGGAUGAUGUGCCGGAGGAGGAUGUGCUUGGCCGUAAGAAGCGUAUGGCCUUUCUGGAUAUGUUGCUCCAGUCGACGGUCGAUGGGCGUCCGCUGACCGAUCUGGAAAUACGCGAGGAGGUCGACACGUUCAUGUUCGAGGGGCACGAUACGACCACGUCCGCUAUUAGCUUCAUGCUGCACAGUUUGGCCCAAAACCCGGACGUACAGGAGAAAGCGUUCAACGAGGUGCGCAAUAUCGUUGGCGAUGAUCGCAAGCAACCGGUUACUAUGGCAAUGCUGAACGAUAUGCACUACUUGGAUCUGGUGAUCAAGGAGACGCUUCGGCUGUACCCGUCGGUGCCACUGUUUGGAAGGAAAAUGUUGCAGAAUACGGAAAUUAAUGGUAAAAUAUUCCCCGCCGGCAGCAAUGUGAUAGUGCUGCCGUUCUUUAUGGGCCGCGAUCCGGACUGUUUUGCCAAUCCGGAGAAGUUCGAUCCGGAACGGUUCAACGUCGAGCGGUCGGCCGAGAAGACGAACCCUUACCAGUACAUUCCGUUCAGUGCCGGACCGCGGAACUGCAUCGGGCAGAAGUUUGCCGUAACGGAGCUGAAGAGUUUGGUUAGCAAGGUGUUGCGCAACUACGAGCUGCUUCCACCGGAACAGGUGCGCGAGGAAACGUUCAUUGCGGAGCUAAUCCUUCGCCCGGAGCACGGCAUACCGAUAAGGGUUAAGCAACGGGUGUACUAACGGUGCCAGCCUGUACUUUCUUUUGUUGUACUUUAAUGACAUUAUGAAGAGAGAAAAAAAAAACGAAAAAGCAUAGCGAAUAAUCAUACAGGUACUUACAGCAGAAGCAAUACGUUUAAUUGAUGGGAAGGGUGUAAUAAGCUUUGACAUGGCAUUCGGCUUUCUUGCUCUGUAUAUUUGUAGGGUGUAAUGUACGAACACUUUUGUGUAGCAGCUAAGUAAACUAUGUGCUUAAAGAUGUACAUAAAGAUUAAAUAAAAAGGUAUCACACUUAACAUACUCAA